GUAGAUACCACACUUGCUUGGUUCAUGAAUGAAAAGCCUUACGGAUAUGAUGCUAUUGUAUUGGGGCAUGGUUCCAACAAACUUACUUUUGUCAAGAAAGUGAGUUGCGAGAAUGUGAAUCGGAAGCACAAGCACCUGCAAAAAACUUCCCACCAAAAUCUUGUGAAUUUGAUGGAUAUCUGUGCUACCGAAGAGGCCGUCUAUUUUACGUACGAACGGCCGGGAAUAUCUUUGAAGGACCUGAACAAGUAUUCACGACUUGUUUUUGAUAGAAUUACAGUGGCGACUAUUUGUAGAGAGAUUCUACACGGAUUGAUAUACAUACAUGAUGUGCUGAAAAUCGGCCACGGUGAGCUCAAUUGUGAUAAUGUAUUCAUCAAUCAAGACGGGAGGGUCCAAAUAGGGGGUAUCGGGGAGAGCAUGUUGAAAGAGACAAACAAAAAUGUGCUUUCUCAUGAUGUUCAAGCCGUUUGCGACAUUGCUUUCGAUCUUCUGGAUCUGAAGAAACACUCGGACACACUGAGUAUGUCAUUUCUUGUCGCCGACGACUUUACAAAACCGCCAGUUGAUAGUCGGCUUGAAGAUCUUCUCAAGCACCCAUUUCUGAAAAUCAGCCAGGGCCCUUGGUACUUAGCAAAUCUCGAAUUCACCUACACCGUAGGCUUGCAAAUACAGCCACCGCCUGGACAUCCGAAAUUGAGCGAGAGUAUUACCGAAUCCGAGGACAGGUGCGCAUCAUAAUAUGAUGAGCUUUAUUUUGUUCAUUUAUCUUCGGAUAACAUUUAAGAGCCGGAAUGAGGAGGGUUGCUAGCCUUAUUUUCGUUUUGUUUACGAUCAGAUUCUGUUGGUUUAUAAGGAUUGUUUAUCGUGCUUUGUUUCUCUUUCUUUCGUUCACAGAACUACCUAGUAUAGAUAUAUUGUUGACCAAUCAUUACAUUAGCUGCAAUGAAAUUUUUU